AGAAAAAGAGCAUUGAAAUUGUAUGUACAAUUACCAGUAUCGUGUAGAAAAAUAACUCUAAGAUAGAAAUCCAAUAACCUGACGGAGGUUAUAAAUUACUGUUGAUUUUCCGGCUAUGCUCAUUACUAAUUCUAACCAUUGCAGGUGUUUAAAAAUUCCAGUUAAAAUGGAUCAGAUAUUUUAUGAAUCGAGAUGAAAGGCUAACGUUGCAAAAAAUGUAUAUCAGUAAAAGAUACCUUUUCUAGUGUUUUGUUUUUCUUUUAGGAGACGAUUUGUCCCUGCGAAUAAAAUCGCUCGCUGAAAACAAACAAGCACUUAAAAGGCUUUUUCUUCGAGUGUUUGAAAACCAACGUCUUAGAUUAAAACACUUCUUUCAAAAAAUCUUUGAAAGGGCAAAUAAAUAUCAGUCCUCGAUUUUUGACGUGUCCAAAUUGACGUAGAUAAAUUUAUUUUUUCUACAAAGCCUGUUGCAUUCUGUACUUAUUGCUACUACAAUUUAUUAUUCGAAGGAAUAUUUAGUGUAGAAAUAAAUCGAAACAUUUUUUGUGCUUUGCGUGCAGCACCGUGCUAAAUGAAUUGAGUUAGUUCACGCAAAGCCCUUCUAGUUACCCCGCCCACCUGACUUGAGUUAAGUGAAUUUAUGCUAAUCCCUCUUAAAGUCUCCGACUUAAUUUCAUCUGCACAAUUUUUGCGUUCAACCCAGUUUCAAGUUUUAACUUCACAAAAAUACGAAGCUAUUGUUAGUACCGAACACCCAUAAUUUCAAUUCAUCAAACCUGAACUUAUCAACCCUCGACCUUAAAUUCAUUCACCUUCAAACUAUUUUAAACCAAUCAAACAGUUCAUAUCCAAUCCAGCCUUUUACUUUGUCACAAAAACACCGCUAACCUAUUUUUGUUCAUCGUGACUAUCUGAAAAUUCAUUCCAGAUUCCAACCUCCGUUUAUUGAAUUGCACACAUAAAAUUGACGUUUUCUCCGACAACUUGAUUUAUCAGAGCAAUCAUUUCUUGCUGAUCGUCGCAGGAUUAACCCUUUAAUUCAUUCCCUGCUACUACUAACAUCACCUUACGCGUGUUCUUUUAACAGUAGCCUCUCUUUUCUAAGGCAGGCUAUUUUACCCACUUGCUGGUAGAAAUAUAUCUGCAGUUACUUUCACAAGCGAAGAAGAAAAACGACACAUUCUUUGUUCUGACUACCGAAUUAAUCAGCGUAGUUGAAAUAAGAGAAGAAUGGGUUUAGAGGAAGAUAGAUCCAAGUCGUCGGCCAGUCAUAACGGGUCCGAGUCCGAAUCAGCGGCGCCAAAUCCAAACAAGGACGAGACGACUGGCGAGACAUUGGACAUUGCUGGAACUCAGUUCCCAUCUGUAGUUGAGCUCAACGUCGGAGGACAGGUGUACACGACAGCUUUGUCCACUCUAACCCGAGAGAACACUUCACUGCUGGGAAUCAUCUUCUCUGGAAAGAGCAAGACACCCCCUCUGAGAGACACGAGGGGCAGGUACUUCCUGGACAGAGACGGACAUCUGUUCCGGUUCAUCCUUGAUUACUUGCGCAACACCAAACUAGUCUUGCCAGAGGAGUUUCCUGAAAAGGACAGGCUACAGGUCGAAGCCGAUUACUACCGACUGCCUGGACUCGUUGAGAGCAUCAGACGGGCGAGGGGAGGAGGGGCGAAUAGGGAAAAGGACCAGUCCACCGGGGGUGCACAAAGUCGGGGAGGGACACAGCAACACGAGGCAAGCAAUAAGGGCGGCAAAGUUGCAGGAAACAACAGCAACCAAUCUAUGUAUGAUACGAAUCAAGGCGGUGGUGUCGGUUCGACUGGCGACAGCAGCGACGGGUUCAUCACUCUCGGAUACCGAGGCACGUUUGCGUUCGGCAGAGACGGAAUGGCCGACGUCCAAUUCCGCAAACUGAUGAGAAUAAUUGUGUGUGGCAAAGUGAGUUUGUGUCGCGAGGUGUUUAAAGAAACUCUGAAUGAGUCACGUGAUCCAGAUAGAGGACAGGGCGACAGGUACACGAGCAGAUUUUUCCUCAAACACAACUUCCUAGAACAGGCGUUCGACAUGCUACAACAGGGCGGCUUCACAAUGAGCGCUUCGUGCGCAACAGCUGCCAACGGUAUGAACCAAUCUGGAAAUCCGGAACAAGAAUCGGAGGAGAACCGAUGGUUGCAUUACAACGAGUUCAUAUUCCAGAGAUCCGGAUCCAAUUGAAGUAUUCUAUGGAACAAACAAUUUAAAACAAACAAUUUCAAUUAAAAUAUUAAUGCAGUAGAUGUGUAAAAUAAAUAAUUAAAUCCAAAUUGAUUGAAAAGUUCACUCAUUUCCAAUUCACAAUAUCCGUGUUUCAAAAAAAAACAUGAUAAUAAAGUAUUGAUAGAAACCAUUUAGGGCGGAAAACAGAGUCUACAUCUACUAUAAGAUAAAAACCAGUAUUAUAAACUUUUUCCGGCAAUACUUCCCAAGCUCCUAUAAUGAACUCGAUAGCUGUUCUUGGA